CUAGUGUUCUAUGUACACUCUCAAAAAGAAACUUUCACUAUAUUACAUCACUCAUUUACUAACUUUUUUCAUUUUUCAAUUAUCUUCUUCAUUAUUAUCAUUAUCAAACAUUAUCAUCUUAUUCAAGAUUUCUACUCCUUCUUCUGUUCAAUAUCUUCUAUCUGUUAUUCAUCUAUCACAUUGUACACAUUUCUGAUAAUGACUCUCUGUUCUUAUAACAAGUAUUCUUAUAGUGCUCAUACUGAGCAGUUUGUUAGCA